GUAUCCAAAAGUUCUAGAACAACCAGGUUUCAAAAUGGCAGAACAUAUUUUUGCCAGCAAGAAUUUUUCCACAUCUGAUCUAUCCUUAGGACUGAAGGAGAACAUGGCCUACAUUCAGAAGCAGCUAGAUGAUGGUUAUCUAACAGAAAGGGGUUACUUAAAACAGAAAUCCAAACUGAUUCAGGAUUAUAUGGAAAGUUUAUCUCAUAUUGGUCAGCCUUCUCCAAGUUUGGCUGUAGCCAAGCAUGCCAAUCAGACAAUUGAAAGUCAUGGUUAUUUAAUCAGUGAUGUACAUAAAAGCUUUAAUAGUGAACAUACUGUGAUUAAAGAAAUUUAUCCAAAAUUUAAAUAUAAAACUAAAAAUCACUUAGGACAACCAACUGUUUCUAUGAACAAAGAAGAAGGAAGAGUACAGAAUGGAGUAAAAGUCCCUGAUGCUCAAAUGGUAGAACAGCAUAAAGAACUUCAAGAAAAUGAAGAUAUCAAAUUUCGAAGAUUGAUGGGAUUUGAAGAACCAGCCAUUAAAUUCCAUCAAGGAACGCUACCUUGGGAAAAGCUAAGAAUAUUUGAUUCCCUAGUUAAGCAAUUAGAAGUCAUCGAUCAUUUGUACAAGACAUCUUCAAGAAAGAGCCGAAGACUUUUAGACACUUUUGCUGAUUCUUUGCGGCAUGUGAAUAAGUUGUAUAAUGAUUUCUAUGGAAGUGAAACCAGAAAAGUUCCAGCUCACAUUGCUCAUUUAAUUGAUGUCGACAUAAUGAACAGCUUACAAGAAAGAACAUGGUCAGACAGGGAAAUUCGAACAGUCUUAACCCAUCUGUACAACCUGCCACUAGAAUAUGCCAAAAUUCAAGAAUUUGAGGCUAAUAUGGUCAACUGUAGCAAACAUUUAGCAACAGGAUAUAUUGAAAUCUCUACACCACCAUAUGAACGAUAUUUGGAUUCAAAGCUG